AUGAUUAAAUUAGAAGCACACACCUUUCAUCAUAAAAAUGUUAUGACACCAGCUUAAUUAUCAAAUAAGUCUCCCAUAGAUAUUGUUAGAUUGAAAAAAAUCAUUUUCAAGAGAGAGCUGUUAAAUACAGAAUAGAAUUUUCUUGUUUAAGUAAUACCUUAAUUUUCUAUUUCAUUCAGACUGAAGAACAUUAAGAAAUUAUUUACAUAAAACCUGAUGUCCCAGAUUUCAUUAUGACUGAUCUUACUAACAUGGCCAUAUAAGAAGAUAUCUCUGAAUAUCAAGCCUUAGAGUAUCAUUAUAGAGCAGCCAAACUGUUAGAAUUUUAUACAUAGAAUUAGUAAUCCAAACCUUUACCUUAGGAUUCAAAUAUAAUACACAUCUGUUUUAUUCUCAAAAAUAAAUUAUGCCAUAAUACUUAAGAAAUAUGCAGCCUAAAAUGAAGCUUUAGAAAUGUUGUUAGAUUGUGUAUAGAUUCUUAAGAUUAAAGGAAAAACACUUAAAAAGACUCCAUCUGAAAGUUUAAGCUUAGCCAAAACAAUCUAAAAUAAGUUAUUGAGAUUGAGACUCAUCUUUUAGAUUACUCUUCUAUUUUCAGAAACUAAAAAGUAAAAUCUAUAUUUUAUAUCAGAAAUAAACAGGCCUUAGAAAUGGCCAAAAGUGCUUUAAGAAUUUUAAAGAGUAUUAUAUAGAAUACUAUAAAAUUGUGUUAACACAUUACUGUAUCAUCAUCAAUCAAUAAAAAACAAAGAGCUAAUUCAGAAGUCAGUUCUCCUUUAUAAAAGAAUUAGACAUCCAAUCUACCUUAAUAAUAAUCCUAAAUUCUAUCUUAUCCAUAAAUUGUAGAAGUUGUCUUUAAAGAAAUUUUGAUUUCUAUUAAAAGUAUGCUACCAAACGAUGAUAAAUCUUAUGACGUUAUGAGUACACAAAAUUUAAUGAUUCGAAAUUUUUAAAAUAGAAGUUAAUCACUUUUUGCUUCUGAAUAUGUAUUUUAAUCCUAAAAUAAUUAAUAAAAUAAAUUAUUUACUAUUAUUGAUGAUACACAUCCUAUGUUAUAAAUGUAAAUUUUAGGGUUGAUGUAAUUAACUUAUGUAGAUUUAGAAGAAUUAUUUCCUAUUAAUAGUUAUGAGAUGGUAAUGGCUGAAGAAGUCAUUUUAGAAUUAGUAAAUCUUAUCAAUUAAUUCAUUAGAUUAUGCUAACAGGAUUAAGUUUCUAUAGUAUAUCAACUGAACUAAGAUUCAUAAAUCUUUAAUCAAAUAAAUUAACUGUUGAAAUAUGGUUAGGCAAAGCAGUAGAAAUAUUCUAUACUUAUGUGCCACAUUCUAGUGCAAUAUUCAAUUAGAUUUAUCAAGUCUAUCAAAAAUUAUAUGGAGUAGACAAAUAAUCUAUAGUAAUUUAUUCAAAAUAUAAUUAUAUAGCCAGAAGAUGAGGAAGUAGAAUAUCAUACUAAAUUAUUGAAACCACAUCCUUAUAACAAUAAAUCCACUCUCUCUAAUAAAGUUGUUAUUAUUAUUAAAGUCCCUAAUUAAAACAAAUAAUCUAAAGAAACAGAAACAAAAUAAACUAAAGAAACAGAAAACAAAUAAUCUAAAGAAACAGAAACAACAUUCCAAAAAAUAUAAAAAACUAUAUUAGCUAAGAAACAAGCAUUACUUGCUCAAAAACAUAUAUUUACAUAACCUGAUACAGAUAAAAAAUUUGAUACUUGGCAUGAUGAAACAGAAAAGUCUCCUUAAUAAUAGCAGAAAUUAUUUAUUUAAAAAAAUAAUAACUCUCUUAAUUCAACUGAUAUAAGAUAAAGAGUAGAAAUCCUAAUGAAUUAAAUACUUAAUCAAUAGGCCAAAUUAACUUAAGAAAAAUUAAAAUAAAAACAUACACCUAUAACUAUCUUAAAACAAAAAUAUUAAGCUACAUCCAAAGUCCAAGAAAAUUAAAAGACUUUUAAUCCAUUUAUGACUUCAUAAUUUAAGACAACUAUCUCUGCUAGUAGAUCUCUUUCCAAUUCUAGAAAAACUAGCUAAGCCAAUUUAAAAAAUUAAUCAAAUGGUGUAAAAACAGCUUAAAUGAGAUAUCGUACUUAAAUAAGCACAAUAACUGGAGAUGAUUCAUCUAAAUAACUUGCUUAAUAAAUUGCUAUAUAAUUAGCUACUCUUAAUCGUUAAUCUAAUGUAAAAUUUAUCAUAAUUUAUUUUAUAGAAAGGAUUUCUUUAUAAAAGAAGUGAGUCUGUUAAAAAGACUAAAGUUCCUAUUCAAUAACGUUGA